GAUGUUACACUCGAAUUCGAACAAGUCAAUGCGAUUGAAUUAUUUAGUUGUCAGGACUGAUUCAUUGAUGAACACGACUUGGAUUUAAGUAGUGUGGAAGUCAAGCUUUAGCUUGUGGCUGUAAAAUGUUCGACACCUUUUAAGAUCCGUGCUAAAACUUGUGUAUGGACGAUGAGGCUUUUCAUGCCCGUGCUGGAGAGGAUUAGUCUUCAGCCUAAGCUCCCAUGCCAUAUUAGAAUAGGGAAAUUAGAUAUUAGACAUCGAUCCCCACUUCAAUUAUUAUUCCGAUAAAUUUGAGAUUGGAUUAUGAAUUGAACACUACCUAAGCUUAUGGGCGUCGUCUGAGUCGAUGGAGGCGAAGAGAGCAAAGGCUGUUGCAGCUGCUGUAGUCGUCAGCCUCCUGUUCCUGCUCGUCAUCCUGUGGUUCUGCCUCGGCCCUUCCCUCGUAUUCUUCAUCGUCCUCGGGUUGGGUUUUGCCGUGAUUCUGACGGUCUUGGCGUGGGUUUUGGCCAUGUACACGGCCCUCGACCGCAGGCAGAUGUCCAUGGCGCGGCGAUCGGCCGUGGAACGCGAGGAGCUCCGUGUCGACUACAGCUUCCUCCGCAAGGUCGCGGGCCUCCCCAUCAAGUUCCGCAUCGAGGUGCUCGUGGCUGCCACCGACAACUUCCAGGUCCUGCUCGGGAGCGGCUCGUCGGCGUCGGUCUUCCGGGGGAUCCUCGACGAUGGCACGUCCGUGGCCGUGAAGCGGAUCGACGCGGCGGAGCGCGGGGACCGCGAGUUCCGCGCCGAGGUCUCUGCCAUCGCCAGCAUUCAGCACGUCAACCUCGUCCGCCUCCGCGGCUACUGCAUUGUGGCCGGCGGCCCCCGGUUCCUGGUUUACGAGUUCGUCGCCAACGGUUCCUUGGACAAGUGGAUCUUCCCGUCCGCCGGCGGGGACCGGGAAGACCAGCAGUGCCUGCCGUGGGCGCUGAGGUACCGCGCGGCCGUCGAUGUGGCCAAGGCCCUGAGCUACCUCCACCACGACUGCCGCGACUGCGUCCUCCACCUCGACGUGAAGCCGGAGAACAUCCUGCUCGACGAGAGCUUCCGGGCCCUAGUGACGGACUUCGGCCUGUCGAAGCUGAUGGGGAAGGACGAGAGUACGGUGCUGACCACAAUUCGGGGGACGCGCGGCUACCUGGCCCCCGAGUGGAUCAUCGGGACGGGCGUCUCCGACAAGUCCGACAUCUACAGCUACGGGAUGGUGCUACUGGAGAUGGUCAGCGGGCGGCGGAACGUGCAGCUGGUGGGGGGCGGCGCGGCCUCCCAGACGAAGUGGUCCUAUUUCCCCAGGAUCGUGAACGAGAAAGUGAGGCAGGGGAGGAUGAUGGAGGUGGUCGACGAAAGGCUCAAGAGCGGGGGGGAGCCGCCGGCCGAGAGAGAGGUGCGAACCUUGGUGCAUGUGGCGCUGUGGUGCAUCCAUGAGAAGGCCGAGGCCCGGCCAAGCAUGGCGCGCGUGGUGGACAUGCUCGAGCGGAGGAUCGCCGUUGACGAAUUGCCGCUGCAGACCGAGAUGAUCAUUUCCAGAAUCUUAGCCUCCGACGAGCCGAACGUUCUCGAGGACGGAGCCGCCGGCGAUACACGUGCGGCGGCUGCAGCCGCAGUUGCAGUUUCAGGGUUGGAGAGCCACUUAUCCACAUCCUAUUCGUUGGACAUGUCGGACUUGUCCGGUCGAUAGCACUCCUCUCCGGCUGUACCGUACCCCAACCUCUC